AUGAGCGACAUCUUGAGUAUCGCCGGAGAACCGAUCUUCGACGAUCGCAUCGUCAAGAUCGAGACUCACACGUACAAUCCUUACGCCAAUACCACGUUUGGAUAUAGCGACGAGAUACGAAUUCCCAUACAACAGCAGGAUUUGUACACGUUACCGUGCGAAAGUUUUCUCUACGUCGAGGGUAGACUCGAGUCGAAGGGAUCGUCGGAUGCGGAGGGGGAGAGUUCGGCGAGACUAGUGAACAAUUGCGUCGCGUUUAUGUUCGAGGAGAUUCGCUACGAGCUCGGUGGAGUGGAGAUCAAAACAGAAACGAUAUUGCAGAACGCCGGAUGGGACUUCGCGGCGAAGAGUCGUUUGGUCGACGAUUUUAACUUCUGCGUACCUCUUAGCGUGUUGCUAGGUUUCUGCGAAGAUUACAAACGCGUCGUGAUUAACGCGCGACACGAACUCAUCUUAAUACGAGAGCGCAACGAUCACAAUUGUCUCGUAUCGCUCGAAUCGCACGAACCUAAGAUUCUUCUACUGAAGAUACAAUGGCGAAUGCCUCAUGUAGUGUUAAACGAUAUUAAUAAAUUAGCGCUAUUGCGUACAUUAGAUAGCGGAAGAUACCUGAGCGUCGCUUUUCGCUCGUGGGAUCUCUACGAGUUUCCGCUUUUGCAGAGCACGACCAAACACUCAUGGGCGGUCAAAGCGGCGACGCAGCUCGAGAAACCGCGAUACGUUAUCUUCGCGCUGCAAUCCGGAAGGAAGAACGUUCUGCCUCAGGAUUCCUCUAUAUUCGACGAUUGCAAACUGACUAACGUCAAACUGUAUCUUAAUUCGGAUUUUUAUCCCUACGACGAUAUGAAUCUGAAUUUCGAGAAGAGUAAAAUCGCCGUGCUAUACGACAUGUAUUCGAAGUUUCAAAAAACGUACUACGGAUGCGAUAAAGACGAGGCGUUCUUUAAUCUAGUCAAAUUUAAAACGUUCGGUCCGAUAGUAGUCAUCGAUUGUUCUCGGCAGAACAAAUCGAUCAAGAGCGCCACCGUAGACGUUCGUAUAAAGUUCGAUUGCAAAGAAAACGUUCCCUCUAAUACCACAGCCUACUGUCUUAUCAUUCACGAUCGUGUGGUCGAAUAUAAUCCGCUCACCAACGUCGUGCGCAGAAUCGUGUAG